CCUCCCCCAGCGGAUCCCCGGCCGCCCCUCGGCUCUCCCCCGGGCUUCUAGCGCAGCCCCCCGGGGUGCCCAUCCAUUUCCUUGGGUGACUACAGCGUGUGUCUUGUUUUUCUUUCUUUUUCUCCCCUCCCUGUGUGCCCUUCUCCAGGAUGGCAGAGGCGGAGUUGCACAAGGAAAGGCUGCAAGCCAUAGCAGAAAAAAGAAAGAGGCAGACUGAAAUAGAAGGCAAGCGACAGGAACUUGAUGAGCAGAUACUUUUGCUGCAGCAUUCCAAGUCCAAAGUGCUUCGGGAAAAAUGGCUGCUGCAGGGUAUCCCCGCUGGAACUGCCGAAGAGGAGGAAGCCAGGAGGCGGCAGUCUGAGGAAGAUGAGUUCAGAGUCAAACAACUGGAAGAUAACAUCCAGAGGCUGGAGCAGGAAAUCCAAGCGCUAGAAAGUGAAGAGUCCCAGAUAUCUGCCAAAGAGCAAAUCAUCCUAGAGAAACUAAAGGAGACAGAAAAAUCCUUUAAGGACUUUCAGAAGAGCUUCUCCAAUGUGGAUGGAGAUGCAGUAAAUUACAUUUCCUCCCAGCUCCCCGACCUGCCAAUCCUCUGUUCACGAACAGCAGAACCAUCACCUGGGCAGGACGGGACUAGCAGAGCCACUGCUGUGUACGCCAUGGAAAUUAAUGUGGAGAAAGACAAACAAACAGGAGAGACCAAGAUUCUCUCUGCAUCCACCAUUGGCCCAGAGGGGGUCCAUCAGAGAGGAGUCAAAGUCUAUGAUGACGGUACCAAAGUAGUAUAUGAGGUGCACUCAGGAGGCACUGUGGUAGAAAAUGGAGUGCACAAGUUAAGCUCAAAGGAUGUAGAAGCGCUUAUUCAGAAGGCUGGACAAUCAAGCUUCAGAGGAGGGCACGUGUCAGAAAGAACUGUGAUUGCAGACGGGAGCCUCGGCCACCCGAAGGAACACAUGCUCUGCAAAGAAGCCAAGUUAGAAAUGGUACAUAAGUCUAGGAAAGAUCAUUCUUCUGGGACCCCAGGGCAGCAGCCCCAAGCCCCCAGCUCUGAAGGGCCCGAGGCCAACUUGGAUCAACCAGUCACCAUGAUUUUCAUGGGGUACCAAAAUAUCGAGGAUGAAGAGGAGACGAAGAAGGUGCUAGGCUAUGAUGAGACCAUCAAGGCGGAAUUGGUCCUCAUUGACGAAGACGAUGAGAAGUCAUUGAGGGAGAAGACAGUGACAGACGUGUCCACCAUCGAUGGGAAUGCAGCUGAGCUUGUGUCCGGGAGGCCGGUCUCAGACACCACAGAGCCCUCAUCCCCAGAAGGAAAGGAAGAGAGCCUGGCCACAGAGCCAGCCCCAGGGGUCGGGUGGGAGAGUAUGCUGCUAAAGGGAGAUGAGGCAGCCUCAGAUGCCACAGAAACAUCCAGCACAGACAUGACUGUCAAGAAGCCUCCCCAGCUUUCUGAGGAUGAUAUCCGGCUAAAAAACCAGCGAGACAACUGCAGUGCCAACCCCUUGGAGCCUGCAACCAGCUCCCUUCCCCCAGAUCACAAAAACAUGGAAAUUGAGGUCUCUGUUGCGGAAUGUAAAAGUGUUCCCGGAAUCACCUGUACCCCACAUUCCAUGGACCACUCCUCCCCUUUCUACUCACCCCCCCACAAUGGCCCCCUCGGUGAUCACCAUGAAGCUCUGGAUAAGGAUGUGGCCAGAGAGAUCCGCUAUCUAGACGAGGUGCUGGAGGCCAGCUGCUGUGAUUCUGCUGUGGACGUAACUUACAACGGUACAUCGUCCCCGGAGCCGGGCGCAGCCAUCGUGGGGGGUGGCCCAAGCCCACCAGGCCACGCAGUGGUCCAGCCGGACCCCCCGGAAAGGGCAGCUGAUAGACAGGCCCCUCCUCACACUGAGCUCAGUACCAGCUACUCUGACGCCAUGGCAGAGGGCGAAAAAGCCAAUGGCCACUCCCCCGCCCAGCCCCGAGAUCUGCUGGGGGACAGCCUGCAGGCCCCCGCGAGCCCCAGCUCCUCCACCAGCUCGCGGUGCUCGGGCCGCGAUGGGGAGCUCACGCUGACCACGCUGAAGAAGGCGGCCAAGUUUGAGCUGCGUGCCUUCCACGAGGACAAGAAGCCCUCCAAGCUCUUUGAGGACGACGAGAAUGAGAAGGAACAGUACUGUGUCAGGAAAGUCAGGCCUUCGGAAGAGAUGCUGGAGCUGGAAAAGGAAAGGAGAGAGCUCAUCCGGAGUCAGGCGGUGAAAAAGAAUCCUGGCAUUGCGGCAAAAUGGUGGAAUCCUCCCCAGGCCAAAACCACAGAGGAGCAGCUGGACGAGGAGCCUCUGGAGUCGCACAAGAAAUACAAGGAGCGCAAGGAGAGAAGAGCGCAGCGGGAGCCGGGGCCGACGCCACGGCAGCCCCUCCCCGCGCAGCUGUGCGCGGCCUCUGCCGCCCCGAGCGAGCACGCAAAGGAGGACAUCGUCACCGAGCAGAUAGACUUCUCCGCAGCGCGCAAACAGUUCCAGCUCAUGGAGAGUUCCGGGCCAACAGUGGCCAAGGGCCAGAGUACACCCAGGCUCUUCUCUAUCAAGCCCUUUUACAGGCCUCUAGGGUCAAUCAACUCAGACAAGCCACCGACCAUCUCGAGACCAGCUUCCAUCGGGGGGCCUCCAGAAGACGGGGGUGCAUCGGCAGCCAAGGGGCAGAAAGCGAGCUGUGCCCUGGAGAGCCAGUCUUCGGGGGGAAGCCAGGGUAGCACAGCGCCUCAGGGGAAGGAAGGGCCCUACAGUGAGCCUUCCAAACGCGGGCCCUUAUCCAAACUGUGGGCGGAGGACGGGGAGUUUACCAGUGCCCGGGCCGUCCUCACUGUGGUCAAGGAUGACGACCCUGGGAUCUUGGAUCAGUUUUCCAAGUCAGUCAAUGUCUCUCUGACCCAAGAGGAGCUUGACUCUGGUUUGGAUGAAUUGUCAGUGAGGUCCCAGGAUACCACUGUCCUGGAGACCCUGUCCAAUGAUUUUAGCAUGGACAACAUCAGUGACAGCGGGGCAUCCAAUGAGACCACCAACGCCCUCCAGGAAAACUCACUGGCCGAUUUUUCUCUGCCCCAGACUCCACAAACUGACAACCCUUCCGAGGGCCGGGGAGAAGGCGUCUCCAAGUCAUUUAGUGAUCACGGUUUCUAUUCCCCUUCGUCCACACUGGGAGACUCGCCCUCGGUUGACGACCCCUUGGAAUAUCAGGCUGGUCUCCUGGUGCAGAAUGCCAUUCAACAAGCCAUAGCCGAGCAAGUGGAUAGAGCCGUGUCCGAAACCAGCCAGGGUGGGAUAGAGCAGCAGGGACCUGGAGCAACUCUAGAGGAAGCCGGAACUGGGGCUCCCGGCUCAGAGAAGCCUCAGAGCACGUUUGAGCCACCCCAGGUGUCCUCUCCUGUUCAGGAGAAAAGGGAGGUGUUACCAAAGAUUCUGCCUGACGAAGACAGGGCACUCAGGGAAAGGGGGCCCUCCCAGCCGCCACCCGCAGUGCUGCCCAGUGGCCCGGUAAACAUGGAGGAGACCAGACCGGAAGGGAGCUAUUUCAGCAAGUACUCGGAGGCAGCUGAGCUGAGAAGCACAGCCUCGCUCCUGGCCACUCAGGAGUCCGAUGUGAUGGUUGGGCCCUUCAAGCUGAGGUCCAGGAAGCAGCGGACUUUGUCCAUGAUCGAGGAAGAGAUCCGAGCAGCCCAGGAAAGGGAAGAGGAGCUGAAGAGGCAGAGACAGGUCUUGCAGAGUACCCAGAGCCCCAGGGCAAAGAACGCCCCGUUGCUGCCCUCCCGAACAUCAUGCUACAAAACGGCGCCAGGGAAAAUAGAGAAAGUCAAACCUCCUCCAUCCCCCUCACCUGAAGGCCCCAGCUCACAGCCUGACUUAGCCCCCGAAGAGGCUGCCGGAUCCCAGCGGCCCAAGAAUCUGAUGCAGACCCUCAUGGAAGACUAUGAGACCCACAAAUCUAAAAGGCGUGAGAGAAUGGAUGAUAGUAGUUACACCUCUAAGUUACUGUCUUGCAAGGUGACUUCCGAGGUCCUUGAGGCCACACGGGUUAAUCGAAGAAAGAGCGCCCUGGCCUUGCGCUGGGAGGCAGGGAUCUAUGCCAACCAGGAGGAAGAAGACAAUGAAUAACAAACUUCCUUCCACCCAGGAAGCUUCUUUGGUGCUUGGGUUACCAAGAAACCAAGAAAUCCACACAUUGAAGCAUUUUAAUGGAAUAUUUAUUAAAGUGCGAACAAACUCAGCAAUCCUUAUGUAGACCAGAAGCUGCAAUGACCAACGAUGAAAAAUCAAGUGAAAAGCACCCACCCAUCAAACUCUAUAAACACCCAGGAGUCAAAAGAGAAAGAAUUUUUUUUUUUUUUGAGACUCAAAGUAUCACCUGGAUGUGGACCAGUCCUUUGAUCCAAAAGGACAAGCAGAUCCACAUGGUUGCUACACGCAGAACUGAGACUAGCCCCGCUGGGUGAUGAGGACAAACAUUGGUAACAGGGCCAUUUAGUGCAGUAGAGCCCAGACUGGUGCAAUCUACAAGGCGUAGGAUGCUCCCUGCACCAGCUUCCCGCCUUCACUCACGGCAUCCGAGGUGUUGGGAUAACUUCGUUUACUCCAGCAGCCAUAAAAUCAAAUGCAAGUUUCUCUUUAUUGGCCCGGAAGAGGCAAUUAGGAUUCCAUUUCUCUUACAUUUAAUUGUUUUUAAUUGGGAGCAAUCAAUGAUGGCAAUACAUAAAAUCCACAUUUUCAAGACAAUGUUUCUUCAUGUUGCAAACAAUCUAUUCUACAGGAAGGGGUUGAGAAAGAGGGAGAAAGCCAAACCAAAUGGAUUGUCUUAGCUUUAGGAUCUCAUCUGCUUAUAGUAUUUGCUGUUUAUGAGAACACAUUUUCACAAUUAUGUUUCUUCAUAUGAAAACUAUAUUUAGUGGGCAACAACUAUUUUUAUGAUGGGAUGGGGGGAGCAUAUCCAUGUGUAAAAUCUACACAUUCAACAGCUUGGCUCAAGAUGGUAGGGGUAUUUUUAGAAUGGCAAUAAUUGAAAAAGGGCAAACUCUGCCUUAGAGAGGCAGAGGACGGGAAAUAAAAAGGUGUUUAUAACUAUAUUUUAUAUUAUAAAGUGGACCUUGCUUGGUAGGAAGAAUGAUAGGAUUAUUUUGGAUCAGUCGGAAGGGAAUCAUUAAAGAAAAGGUCAUGAAGAUAGAGAAACAGGGAGGGAGAAAGUAGGAAAAUAAGGAAGUAAGAGAGAUUAUUUUUGCUGAGCAACCAGUGUUUUUCAGGAUGAUAAAGAGAAAAAUAUAGAAUAGAAAUUUAAGCGCAGGCUUGGAAUCAGCUACAGAUCCUAAAGAUGUGUGUGUGUGUGUGUGUGUGUGUGUGUGUGUGCGCGCACGCGCGUGCGUGCGCGUCUCUGUGUGUUUGGGUAAAGUGUGUGUACAAGGAUUUUAAAAUUCCAGAAUGAUCAUGGGACAAGGGUGUACAGUUAUUUCCUCCAAAGCUAUUUGCCAGCGUCAGGAGUGAGUGAGAAUUUCUUUUUUAUGAAAAGGGAUAUAGAGGCACCGACCUGAUACAGUAUUUGUAAUAUUAAAUUGACCUAACCUGGUAUUUGCAUGAGUCACAAUUGAAAAGUUUUGAGCGGUUUUGUAAUUUGACAUUUAGAAAAGUACCAUAUUUAUUCUCAUGCUUUGUAUUCGUAGCUUAGUAUACUGUAGAGGAUGCCAGGUUUACUCUCUGUCAUUUAAAGCAAUAUGAUAAGGGUAUUCAAUAAUUGGGUGCCCCGAAUUUCUGGAUGAGAAACAUUUUUAAAUCUGGCCAUGAGAAAAAAACUGACCAGCCUUUUAUUUCCUAUUUUUUUUAAAACUAUGUUUUUUUUUUAAAGAGCAAUAAUUAAGCCAGACCUCACUAAAAUUCCUUUUUGUUUUUAUAGUGUUAAGUCAUAAGCUCUAAUAUGUUACUCUGACAAGUAGCAAUGCCACAACAGUUUGUGUGUAGAUGUUAGGCACAUUAUCUUUGCUUCUUUUAAUAGACUAGUGUUGACUUUAGGGGGGAAAGUUUAUUCACAGACAAGCAGUGGGCAUAAAGUAAACAUGCAACUGUCUGAUAACUCACAAGGAUCCUUUAAAACUGCCAAGGGAACCUGCCAUUUGAAGCCAAACUCUAGAGGUGGGUAGUGGGCACCAUCGUUAUAUGGUUUAUUCUCCUGAAUAUUCUGAAGGGAUACUCAACAAAAUGUGCUGGCCACUGGGACACAAAUAAGAUCCCUGCUGCAAGGAAUUCAUUUUCAAGUAGGGGAGGCUGGCAUGGAGACAGACAUGCCCAGGAAAAUGAGGUCUGUGUUAGGUGGGAAGUCCUGACGGGUAAAAUGGGAAGACCCAGGAAGGCCACCUUGCCUGAGGAUUUCCAGGCUUCCCAUGGCAGGCACGGACUGAAAGCAGCUGGGACGAGACUUCGUGUGUCCCCGGGGCACAGUGGUAGCUAGCUAGGAUGGCUGGUGAGUGGAGCGGUUUUAUGAGGGGCACCAAAAAUGGAACCGACUUUGCAUCGGGUAGUGAUAUAGACAUGAGAGAGACCAACACCGUAUUUCCUAAGAGGAAACAGCCCUCAGGACCCACCGGCAGGUUUUUGUUCUGUUUUGAAGGAAGCCAUGGACCCACCCACCUUACACCUACAUUUGAAAACGGAGAAUUUGCAGCUGAUUGGGAAGCCUAGGAGGUCACACAAUUCAUGGACUCGCUUUAGAGGCAGACCAAUUGGCCGUUGACUACAGUCGAUUGAACCAGAAGCAUGAACUGCAUUGUGCAGAGUUCUAGAGCCCAGUCCCUUGGUCCGUGCUCCGUGUGUGGAUAAGGCAACAAAUGCAGAGUUUCUGUGACCCCACCCUAGCCUCAAAGCUGCUUAACUAUGGCCCCUACAUGGCCAACAUUUGCUUGUUCCCCCUGCUGCCUUCUGAUGACUGCUCUGCUCAUUAAAAUGUAAAUUAACAGUUCCCUUGCAAGAGCCAGAUUUUCUCUGUGCUCUUGAGUUUUUUAUUCCUUACGAAAACAUUGGGCUUUGUACAUAGCACCGUGCUAGGCUCUGGGAUCCCAAAUGAACCCCUUUAACCUUCUGAAAAUGCAAUAGACCCCAGGAGGAGAGUCCUUCCCACCUAAUCCAUCGAGAGGAAGAGGCUUGUCGGAAAAAUGGGCCUCUGAUGCUCAUCCCUGCCCCCAAAUAGCACGCAAGCUUGUUAAUCUCAACUAUAACAAAUGUUUAGAUGCUGUAGAUGUUAAAAGCUUUCCUGAAAGUGUUCCUUUCCACAGUGUUUUAUAGAUGCUCCCAUUCCUCCGGAGCUGAUUACUGACAUGCCUUGGCUUUCUCAUCCAGAAAUUAUGGAAACAGGGUCUGUCAGUGGUAGGAGGCUGGGCUGUGUUCUACUCAGAUGACACAAUGCGAUUUCCUUGCCUCUUUACACUUCUGCAUGCUGCCCACCCUAGACGAUGACAUAUAAGCAGUAUAUAGAUCAGUGUCCACAUAUAUACACAACACACAUACACACACACACAAAGCAUCACAAGAAACACUAGAACAGUGUUGACUCAUGUCUCUGAAGACAGUUAAACAUUUUUCCAACUAAAUAAUGGAUGUAAUUAAACUAUGUAUUGAAAAAAAAAUAGCCUAAGUGUUUAGAGAUGGUGAAUAUAUCCAGUUUUAGUGACAGAACCAAUUUCCUGAAUUUUAAGCAUUCAGUGAGUGAGCUGCCAAUUUUGAUUUUGUGUUGCCCUUUACCCAAAGGACUUUUUUUUUUUUUUUUUUGGAGGAGGAGGGGGGGAAAGCAGCAAUACUGUGUUUGAGAAUUAUACUCUGUAUCUGGCUCUCCUGCGUAUGUUAACCACUUAAAUGUUAUUAUCCUGCUUCAGUUUUAUAGUGAUUGUGAGGCAUUCAAUGCAAGUAUACAAUUAUUUUCUCAUUAAAACCCAGUGUGUGCUGCGUUUUUAUAAA